CUUAGAAUUGUGGCUCUCAACUUCAAUUGCAAAUUUUUGCGCAAGUCACUUUUAUCCCAAAUACUAGCUGGAGAGACAGAUCGUUGUGCUCUUUGGGCUUCUAAAUUUCAAGAGUUCGCUUGUUUAUACCACUUAUCCUCCAAGAUCUUUGAGCAUCUCUACUUGCUGAAGUAUUUGAUUUUGAACAAACUGUGAACUCUUAGGCGUUUGAUCUCAACUUCAAUUUAUUAGCCUUACCCUCUAAAAAGAAGUGCAAUUCGACGCUAGCAUUGGACACUGCAAUUCUGCCAUUGGACAACGUCAAAGACACAGAGGAAGAGGUGAAUAUGGCUGACAGUAGCGAACAUAAGGACUCCACUACAGCAGCAGCAGCAGUUGCUUCUCCCCCUGCUCCUGAAGAAACCUCCGCAGUAAUUUCAUCGUCUUCCGCCCCUCCCCCCUCCCAAAAUGCAGAAUCAUCAGCCACCAAAGAAUCAGCCCCAGCCCAAUCAACAGAAGAGAAACCAACGCCAACAGAAACGAAAGAAUCUGCUGAAUCCGCCGAGAAAAAAGACGAAACGGUAGAAGUGGCGAAAACCGACGCUGAAUCACCCAAAGCCGAAGAAGAAACUGCGAAAGCCGAAGGAACAACUUCAGCCGAGAAGAAAGACUCGGAAGAAGAAAAGAAACCCGAAUCAAAGAAGAAGCCGAAGGAAAAGAAGACUAGAAGCAAGAGUUUUCUGGGGACUUUGGGUUCCAAGUUGACGAAGCACAAGAAGCCCGUGGUUGUAGAAGAGUCGAAAGCGGCCGAGGAGAAGAAAGUGGGAGAGGAUGACGCAAAAACUCCUAAAGAUGCCGAAGCUACUACCAGUGACCAAGAAACGAAGCCUGAAACAGAAACUGCUGCAACUCCAGAGCCAGCCGCGGAGACGGAAACCACCGAAGAAGUGAAGACGAAAAGAGCGUCCACGCUGCCUCUCUCUUCCACUCCUGACGACGCCGAAGGCGAGAAGGAACAGACAGGCGAAUCGGAGGCAACAACUCCAGCUGCAAACGACACGACAGCCGAAUCAGCAAACACGACUGCAACUGAGUCGACAGAAACAAAACCGAAGAAGAAAAAGGGCGGGUUCCUGGGGCUCCUGAGUUCCCUGAAGAAGAAUAAGGACAAAGAGCCGAAAAAGAAGGCAGACGACAAGAAGGAAGCAGAAGAGAAAAAGGAAGAAGUUGUCGAAGAAGAGAAAAAGGAAGAGGUCAAAAGUGAAGAAGUUGUUGUUCCAGAAGGGAAGAAGGAAGGCGAAGAAGAGAAACCAAAAGAGGAGGCUCCCAAACCAGAGGAAGAGUCUUGCAAGACUACUGAACAAGUGGAAAAGAAGGAAGAAAAUGGAGUGAAAACUACUACUACCUGCAAUGAUCUUGUCACCUCAGAGGAGAGUUCAAGCUCGAUGACAGUCGUGAAGACAACAGUAAUAACGACCUCCACUCUCUCGACUAGCGACGGAACGACGGAAACUACAAAAACCACGACUAAUACCGUAGAAACAGAGUCUUCCGAUAAACCAAAGGAGGUAGAAACGACGACAACCGAAGAAACGACUGUAGUCAAUGGAACCACCACGGCCGAAGAGGAAACGAAAGAGGAGACAGAUAAGGCUGCUGAGGAGGAAGCAGUAAAAACUGAAGAAGAUCCGCCAAAGGUCAAUGGACACAGUGGCGCAGAAGAAGAAGAAGAAGCCGCAAAGAAAGAGGAAGAGACAAGUGCCGAAGAGAAAGAGGUUGAGUUCAGUUGGACAGGCGAAGCUGAGAAAGUGAGUGUGAGAGGAGACUUCAACAAUUGGGAGGAACUCCAGCUCAACAAGAGUGAAGACGGAGUGUUCAAGGGUUCAUUGAAAUUGACUGCUGGAGACUACAUGUACAAGUAUUUUGUCGACGGAGAGUGGCAAAUCAAUGACUCACAGAAAUGCGUAGACAAAGAGGGCGACAAGCACAAUGCAAUCAGCGUCGUCCCAGAACUCAGUUCCUAAAACGGCUCUUCCCAAAUCGACAACAAUUAAACAGAAAAUAUCAAUGCUGGAACUUUGCAGAAAUCAAACUUUCAAUAAACAAUUCUAUUGGCGCCGAAAACGAAAACAGUCUUGCAUUGCUUAUUAUGGUAGGAAUGAACUUGAAGUUUGCAACUCUGGACCCUGAUGUAAAUCAGAUGGAUGUAUGCACAAUGGGCAUAAUUGGGCUCAAUUUAAAAGUGAAACUGUUAAUCUUUUUAUAUCUACUUUUGAUAUUUUAUACUACACUUUGCUCAUUAUUAAACCAACAAAGAAUGAUUUGUCUGAAUUUCUAUUGUGUUGAUUUGUUUUGAAUUGCCUUAAUGACCCUCCUUAUCACACAAACCUGUGUUGUUUUCUUUUCUGACUAACCAACCUUACCUAAAUAUUGAAUCAAAUUUAAUUACAGCAAAGCUGGGUGAGUAGUUCGCUUAGGUGCAGUAGAUAAAUUAUUAAGUUUAAACAAAUCCAAGCUGUCAAGUUUACCUUUAAAAAUUUUUAACUGAAAAUUUUUUGAUAUCGGAUUUUAAACCUGUAAUUUUCUCAAAUAGAUUCUCAUUUGAAAUAAAAUAAAAUCGCAAUAGACGCUUCAACAUUUUUUACGAAACAUUUUCAUCGCAGUUAGCGUUUUUUGUACAUUCGAAAACUCGAAGUGAAGGUCGCUCGCCCCUUAAAAGUUAACUUCAGCAGCUGUUUGAAAUUAGGAAUUGUGAUGUAUUAUGUAAUCGUAUUGUUUCAUUCUUAUUGCCAUGGUGUUGUUGUUAUUAAUCAUCACUAGUAGUUCUAUUCAGGGUUAAAUUAAUUAAUUCGAUAUCUCGCUUGCAACGCGGUUCAACCAAUAACUUAUUUUUAAUGUUUUAGUAAAUUAAAUAUCUCUUGAAGAUUCUGUGAACUUGUUCUGCAUGUGAGAUUUCAGUCUUUCAAAUAAUCUAUGAAAUUGGAAUAGAACAAGUUCAAUAUUAAAUAUCUAUCUUUUUGCUUUUAAUAAUACAACUCUUUUUUGAUA